GCCAAAGAGCAUGGGCCUAUUAUGCACCUUCAGCUCGGCGAAGUCACGAACAUUGUUGUUUCUUCGCCUGAAACUGCUAAAGCAGUUAUGAAAACCCAUGAUCACAUUUUUGCUCAAAGACCCUUUCUGCUUGCAGCAAAUAUAAUGGCUUAUAAUUCAACGGAUCUUGCCUUUGCGCCCUACGGAGAUUAUUGGAGACAAAUGCGAAAAAUCUGCACCCAAGAAAUGCUGUCUAAUAAACGAGUGCAGUCAUUCGGAUUAAUAAGAGAAGAAGAAGUAUCAAAAUUAAUUACAGAACUUUCUUCCCGUGCAGGGUCAACAGUCAACUUUAGCAAAAUGUUCAAUUCUGUGACUUACAAUAUCAUUCAAAGAGUAGCUAUUGGCAAGCUGUGGAACGGAGAAGAAGUAGUCAUUCCAGCUAUCAAGAAAUUGAUAGAAGCUGCCGGAGGUUUUAGUCUUUCUGAUGUAUACCCUUCAAUCAAAUUGCUUCAUAAAAUUAGCACUACGAGGUUUAAACUACAGAGAGCUCAUAAAGAAGCAGAUCGGGUAUUCCAGAAUAUUAUUGAUGAACACAGGGCUAGAAGGGCAUCAAGAGCUAAAUCUGGUGCAAAGAAUGAAGAAGAAGAUCUAAUAGAUGUCCUUUUGCAAGCUCAGUCUAAAGAAGACCUUGAACACCCUAUAACAGAUGACAACAUAAAAGCUGUUAUCCUGGACGUCUUGUCUGUGCCAGAAGAUCUUGACAUGAACGCAAAGUAUGGAAUUGCAGUGACAAGGGUAAACGAUCUCCAACUAAUUCCCAUUCCAUACCUUCCUGCAAAGGUGAAGUAA